UAGGCGGUCUAUUCAAAGCGGAAGGAGAGACGCGUUGACAUGGAUUUCAGCAAACACAACCUUCAAACUUAGACGAUUGUGCCUGAACUAAUACUACCUGCCUUGAAAUAAACUACGAUUAAAUAAAUUGUCACGAUAACGUUAGUAUCGGUUCUAACGCUAACUAAUUUUGUUUUUACGCUAGUUAGGUCAUCAUCGAUCCAAGACAACUCGUGAGUCAGAUCGCUGGGUUAAGCAAAAAGGAUUAUAACUCCAGGUAUGAAAAGAAAAACGACAAAAGUGAGCCAUGUACGAUUGAGCCCGAACGAAGAAGCACAGUUUGUGCGAGAAGAGCUAGACAGGAGGAGGAAACUGAGAGUACAGCAAGUGAGGGAACAGGAGCGGUACAUUGCGCUGCAGAUCCGCCGUGAAGUGCGGGAGAGGAAGGAGAAAGAGCUGCAGAAUGUCGCUGCAACGCUGCGGGAUGAGUGGCAACAGCAGCAGAAAGAGAAGAUAGAAACCCUGGAGAAAUUUAACGGCGACAGCCUCCGGGCUGUGGGCCAGGGCUACCGUAAUGCAAAACAGAACGAGCCGGAUUGGGAUGCUUUGGCUCGAAAAAGGGAAGAGAACAAGGAGCGAGCAGCAGGGAGGCAUCGACAGGCGCUCAUAGUCCUCGCCUCCCAAAGACAGAGUGAAGAAGACCAGCGUCGUCGGCACAUUGAAGCUCGAAAGAAAGCUCUAAUUGUAGAGAAGAAGAGGGCAAUGAAGAUCGCCAGCCUUCCUCAACCUGUCCCUAACCCUAUAGAGAGUAUUGGGACUCAAACUCCUUCACCACCCAGUAUGGCCAACGUAGAACGUUUUUCCAUCACAUACUGUCAUGUUCCAGAGACAGCAGUGGACAGAGAAAUGGAGACUGAGCAGUCAGAUGCUCAGCAGGCAGCAAAGCUGGAGGCUCAGCGACUGAAAGAGUUGGAGAGGGAAGAAGCGCAUGACAUGCAGGAGCAACUGGAAAAGGCACGGCUUAGAGGAGGCCAUGCACUCCAGAAGGAAAAAGUUAUUCAGGACAAUGCCAGGUUGCUGUGUGAGUUAGAGAGAUUGCAGCAGGCUGAUUUGCAGCAGCAGAGACAGGUUGUGAACAGCAUACCAGCACAGAUAUUCCAGCCACUCUACAGACAUGACGAGCUAAGAACUGAGAAGCAGAGAGAGCUGGAGUUAGCCUUCCAGGACCUGUACAGUGGAGAGAGAGAGGUGAGAGGUGACUUAAUACUUAAGCCUGUGCCAGAGCCUCUUCCUGUACUAUCUGCUGGAAGUAACGAUGAGGACCUGGAUGUGACCCUCGACCCUGAAGCCAUUCUUUGCGAGGAGGCAGAGGAAGAGUCUGCUGCCCCUCCCAGUCAGUGUGUAGCGAACUCUGGACAGCCAACUCUACGGAAGCUGCUUGAGCGCAUCAGAAGGCAGAGGGAGCAGUGGAGUUGUCGACAAUUUCCAGUAGGGCGAGGAAAAGCUGUGCUUGAGAAUACAAGCAUUGAAACAGGAUCUCUGAGCAACCAGGAGUGGGAGCAUGCACCCAGCUCGGAAGAAGACAAAUCUGAUGUGUUACACGGGACUGACACCAAGUUGAGUGAGGAAUCUAGCAUGGAUGAGUCCAUACCUCGACUAGAAGAGCGGUUCACAGAGAACUCAAGAAAAAUGCAGGAAAAGGUGUUUGCUCCUGUGUCAGGUAGUUCACAAUCCCAGAGACUCCGGAACUAUCAGCAGAGGCUCCUGGAACAGAACAGACUUCAGAAGAAAUGUGUUGAAGAUACCCGAAGGCAACUGGAGGAAUACCAAAAGAGAUUGCAAUUAUAUUGUUCCUCUGUCACCAUGAAGACAACGCAAACACAGGAACCUCCUCUAACUGAAGAAACUUGUCAUGUGCCCUCUUUUGCUGAUGGAGAACACUCACCUGCCUUCGCACACCUACUGGUCACUGAUGCUGACUGCCCCAUCCCUCUUGACCCUCCAACAGUGGACAUUCUACAAAGUCACCAUGAGAUUACACCCACUGAGUCUCAGACCCAUGCUGACCCAGUACUGUUCAGCCAGCCCUCUCUACAAACUACCAGCAGUGCCCUUGCCAUAAUGUCCAGUAUUCCUAGCCCUGCCAUAACCACAUAUACCUGUACGCCCAGAGAAGUUCUAAAUACACACUCCUUUAUUCCAGAGCAGUGUCUGAGUCUCAACUUUACUCAACCCCCUGUGUCUGCACUCUCUACAUCUCCUACACUGCAGGACAGCAGCAUGGCACUGGUUCCACUGCCAGGAGUCAGCUCCUUGUCAGAGAGGAGGUGUAGAGAUGGUCCUUUUGACAUGGGAGAAAUUGCUCUACCUUCUGUUGUUCUGGAGCGUUUGCUGAGCUGCACCCGCCACAAACCUCCUGCACUAGCCACACACCUGGCUCCAGUCCAUCCACAAUUCCCUGAAGUCGAAGUGCCUCUAGUGGGAAGGCCUCCUGCAAUGGUUCCAAGCUCUGGGAAGAUGUCUACAAGGCCUGGGCAAGAAGAGGUUACGCAGAAUCACCUAUGCAUGGUCCCGGAGAUGGAAAGAAAUCAGUUGGUUAGAGAGCAAAUGAUGAAGCAAAGAAGUACCUUGGAGGCUUUACUUAGAGAAGAGCACACAGAGAAAUCAUUUGACUUGUCAGACAUGCAGGCCGGUCAUCUUACUCUUAUGGAAACCCUGUUGAAAGCCACUGAGGAAAGUAACACACUGUGUCCAUACUUUACAACUCCCGGUCCCCUGCUUGAGCCCAAUGAACUGUGUGUAUGUGAGUCAGGGAGUGGUGCACGAAUUAGACCACCGAUAUCUCGCCCACCUCGCACAGUCCAAAUCCUUCUGCAGGACUUGGAGCCGCAUGAACUUAGUACCAUCCAAGAAGUGGACACGCCAGCCAAUGCUACUCAGAAUAUAGGGUCAGAGGAUAGUCCAGGGCCAGGCUCUAGCUCAGAGGUCCUGAUGUUGCAGAACAACACAUGCAGAGCCAGCAGCCUAUCAUGGAGAGAGACGCUGCAGCUGGAAUCAGCAGAUUCAUACACAGGUGAAUUUCCCAUAGAACAGCAGCACGUAGAGAAGCUGCAACUGGCCUCACUGCAUGAUGGAGCUACUGCUGAUCCAGAUUAUAUGAUGUCCACUACCAUCUCAACUGGCAGCUAUUCCACCAGUGAACAUGACAGCAGCCAGACCGUCACAGGAGGCAGUGUCUCAGUCGUGACUGCAGGGGAAAGUACAGUUCUGCGCUUUAGCCCUGAGAGGGCCACAAGUGCCAAAACAAUGCAACAGUGGCUGUCCACACAGUGCCUGGAGUACAGGGAUUUCCUCAAUACCACUAUGCAAGAUACCUUCCAGCCUCUGUCUCCUGAGGUCACAUACAACAGCAUGGCAGAAUAUCCCAUGAACCUACACCUCCCUGUGGAGGUGAGACUCUGUUGUUCACCUGUGGGAGAUUCCACCACUGAUACUGAUCCAGCUGCUUCUCAAUGGCUGGACAAAACGGAUCCUUCCCUCGAGUCAGGGUGGUUGAACCCCCUUGAGCGUCUUCGAUCAGACACCCAGUACGAACAUUUGCAGAUGUCUAUGGAGCAACUUCUCAUUUCAAAUGAUUCCUGUCAUGAUACAGAAAAAGUGUCUCUCAUGUCAGCUGACAAAAGCUUUGUAGUACAGCCACCCACUUCUAACACCUGUGUCCAUGACAACAGCCCAGAGCCAAUACAAAAAGAGCUUCUUACAAAUAAACUAGGGUCAGAAGUGACUCCCGCCAUACAACUGCUCAGUGGCCAUCCACAACGUAGCUUUAAUACGGAUGACCAUUCAGCUUCUGGCCCAGCAGUCUGUCAUCAGUGGGAAAGAGUACUGAAACUUGACUUUGAAAAAGGCAUCCUUGAGGAGUCUAUGAUCUCAUUGGUAAGUCUGUCAGAUACAACACUAGAAGAUGAUUACCCCACUUUUAAAGAGGAAAAAGGCGGAGAGAAAGAAAUGAAAGAGAACCUGGAGAAGAGAGUGUCUGACACAAGAAACUGGAAGAUAAACUAAAAGCACAUCGUAAUGAGGUUUUUUCUUCAGCCUAAUGAUGCCCCCCUUCACUUGCAUCGACACCUCUUUGGACGACAUAUUGAAGAUUCCCAUGAACAGCUACCAAAUGCAUAUUCAACACUUGGAACCAGACUUUUUAUCUCAUUGAUUUGUCAUGAAAUAAUAUGGAAACAGAUCACACCUGGCCAUGAAACUGCUCAUCGGCCAACUGUUCAUUUAUUUUUGAGCCUGUAAAUUUUUUUUCUGAAACAAAUAGCCCACUAUGUUUAAGGCAGUGGUUCUUAACCUAAGAUUAUUUUUUGGGGUUUGCUGGAAAAUCUUUUAUUUUCAACGCAGUAUCUCGCUACAGUGAUAUGGCGUUGUCAUUAUCAGCUAAAUCGUCAAGUGGUUUUGUCAGAGAUUGUUUACAUUAAGUGUUCGUUACCUAACUAUGCUUUAAAUAUAAACAGAAAGUAGAGACAUUUGAACUGUAAAAGCGAAAAAAGAGCUGUUGAUUUUUACAAAGUUAAUUCAUUUAUGGUCAAAAGUGGUAGGCAUAGAGUGCUUAAGAGCUAAUUCUAAAAAACAUAUUCGGAGUAGCUGCAGAAGUAGCAAUGUAGCAUGUGUUUGCAAACAUUUUGGACAGCUGAUUAUUUUAAUAUAUUGUUCUGUAUUUUUAUUGGUUGGUGAUCUAAUAUUUGCUGUUAUUGUCACUACACUGUAACCUGCACUUGUUAUACUUGGGUCAGUUUCAGUCUCAAAACUAGAUGUGGUUCAGGUCUGUUCAGACAGAACAUUCUCAAGCUUUAUUCAGAUUCAGACCAAAAUUUCAGGCCCCAUUAAAGCUAAUGCCUGUAGAUGGGUUUCACCAAGCAGAAGCAACUAAAUGCACAACAACGGUGUGUUUAGUGCUCUUACCUUAAGCCAAAAACAUUAGCUAUGCCUUUUCAGAAAAAUAAAUAAGUAAAAUAAACAAACACAUACCCUCCAUACAGUGUUCUACAGAUCGGCCAUAUGUUCCACCAGUGCAAGAAUUUAAUUGUUACUUUAUGAUGAAAUGCACUAUUUACAACAGCUAUAUAUGCAUAUUUAUAGCUGCUUUGGCUUACACUUGGGUGUCCAAGUGAAGCCCCCCCAAGGUAAGAUGUGCCCCCACCCUCACCUGCCCAGUCUGGAUCAUUGCUUACCUGGAAUUUAUUGCCCCAGAAUUUUGUCAAUGGACAAGAGUGAUAUAUGCAUAUACAUUAAGUUGUACAAGACAAGUUGUUAAAUAUAUUUGAUUAAGGAGGGUUUGUGGAGUGAGAACAUUUAACUUUGAUACUUUAACUUUGAACUUUUAUAGUACUGUAAUUUGUCUUUUCUCAUAGCUUGAAAUAAUUACAGAUAACAGAUUGACAAAGACUAAGACAUUUUCACCGUUAAGUCUAAUAUUUAUAGCGUUAUACUUUAAUAACCAAUUUCUGUGAAAUUAUUAGACAUGACAGAUGCCAAAUUGUUGGAAGUUUUGCCAAUGGGGCACCUAAAAAAACUGGUUUACUGUUGUUCCACUUAAUUUCCCCUAUGUGUGCGUAGAUUUAUAAACUAUCUUCUUGUACAUGAUAAACUUACGCACCAAACAUAUGGCUUAGCUUUAUAGUAAGUAAAUAAACAUUGUUCUUAUGGGAGGCCUCUUCCCUAUUUUCCCCUACAUCUGAAGCAACAUAUUCUUUACUUUGUAGAAAGAAAGCUCACGUUAGACCUUCUCUCUAAAUAGUACUGGAGGAGCCUGUUAAUAUGCUAGCUGAAUGCGUACUUUAAUGUGGGCCAAAACAGAUAUGUUGUAAAAGAAAGAGGGGACAGUUGAAAUAAAAAUGUGGAUAAAUCAUAAUGUUCAACAUAUUUUUGUAUUGUAUGUAAUACGGAAUGUCCCGCCCCUAAAUAAAAAUAGCCAGUCAGAUGUUAAAAGUGUAAGUAGGAAAAUGCCCCCAUUGUUGUGGAGAUUCUGUUUCUGUAAUCGCAGAAAAAUUGGAACUUUUUUUUGUGCGUAACGUGACCAAAAACCACCAAUUAUUUUUACCAGUGAUUUAAAAUAGAUUUUGAAACAGCCUUGCUAUCAGUUUCGGUUUUAUAAGUCUCUUCCCUUUCAACUAUAUAGGAGCAUGCAGCAAGGGUUCAGUCCUUCAUUGACAUAUGGCAGCAGAAAGUAGCAACUCUGCCAUCCGGAAAUGGCACGUGCUCGCAUGUGCCACUUAACAAAUGGCACCCCCCAUCAAUAACUGUUAACGAGUGGCACUUGUCCCUCACGCCACUCGGUUACUGGCACUCGCCAGUGGCACCUGCCACACCGAAACGGCGCGUGCCGCUCAAAACAGACACCUACCAACAGCUCCUUUGAGUAAAGCGGUGGCUCUGGACAGCGGCUACUCGGCUACGCCAACUAGCAGCACAUCGUAGUACCACCAUCGACCAUCAGAACCUGGGAAAAGUGACAAAGGAAUGUCCAUCUGAAGACUUUGUACAGAUAGUCUGCAUUUCGUUGGUUCACUAGUUGUAAGCAAAAUAAGACAUUUUAGCCAAAGGCUAUGCGACUAUAGCAGUAAUACUAGCUUUAAUAUAGACUCUGGGCUUUUGUCAUGAAUUAUUUGUUGUGUUAUUCAUGCUAAAUAUAAAUGCUGUAAGGCCAUUUAUCAGCGUAUUUAUUAAAUAACACAUGAGAAGUG